AUGGUCGCUCAUUCAGCGAAGUCAAAAGAUAAGAAAGCCAAGGAAGACAAGAAAGCUAAGCAAGCAACUCUCGCUAGCUAUGCGAGGAUUUUAUCAUAUGGUGCCUCGCAUGGGGGUAUUUACAUUAUGGUGCUGGGCCUGAUUUGUGCCAUGGCUUCGGGAAUUGCUCUUCCGCUGAUGAACAUCGUCUUUGGCAAGCUGGUGGGAAACUUCAAUGCAUACUUUAUACCAGGGUCUGGUAUCACCGAGCAAUCAUUCAAAUCUUCGGUUAACCAAGACAGCUUGUAUAUUGUGUAUUUGUUUAUCGGAAAAUUCUGUUUGACAUACAUAUCCAUGAUUUGCUUUCGAUUGACCAGCCUCCGUGCCUCAGGGGCCUUGCGCCUGGAGUACACCCAGGCUCUCUUUUCACUCCCCGUGAGCAAGCUGGACGAGAUGUCAGUCGGAACUGUCACACAUGCGAUUACGGCGCUGUCAAAUACGAUCCAGCAAAGUGUUUCUGAUCGACUAGCCAUUUUAUUCCAGUCACUCGCCUUGCUCAUUGCGGCUUAUGCAAUCGCAUUCCGUUAUUCUUGGGCACUGACGCUUGUCGUCAGUUCGGCUAUUCUAUUUGUGGUCAUUGGUUUUAGCUUGACAACGCCGUUUUUGGUGAAGGCGCAGCAGAGUGUGGACCAAGCAGACGAGAAGCAUGCAGCCCUUGCCUCAGAAGUAUUCGGCUCUAUUCGGACAGUGUUCGCCCUGGGUGCUGAGCAAUCACUCUUCAAGAAGUAUAGACGGUGGGUCGAGGAAUCACGAAAACGUGGCCUGGGUAUGUCUUUAGUCAGUGGAAUUCACCUUGCAAUGCUCUUCUUUGCCAUGUAUGUCAGCUUCUCCCUGGCCUUCUGGUUUGGGCUGAAACUGUAUCGCGAAGGCCACAUUGCUAAUAUCAACACCGUCAUCACGGUAUUCUUUUCCGUGCUCCUCGUGGUCACUAUUUUAGGAGGAAUUGCGUCGCCAUUGAUGGCUAUCACGAAGGCCAUAGGCGCAUCAGGUGCCUUUUUUGGUGUUAUUGAUUCCAAACAGGAUAUUACACCUGGAAUUCGAGAUCCGGAGUUAUCCCAUGCUGAUAUCUUGUUUGAGAACGUGACGUUUGCCUAUCCCACACGACCAGACAUGGCUGUGCUUAAGGGAUUCAAUGCACGAUUUGAGCGCAAUAAAACCACGGCUCUCGUUGGAUCUUCAGGUUCAGGUAAAAGCACUAUUGUCGCUUUGAUUGAGCGGUGGUAUCAGCUUCAGUUAGAGGAAGAAGAGCCCACACUGGGUCAUAUCCAUGUGGGAUCUCACAACAUUAAUGACUUGGACGUGAAGUGGUGGCGAUCCCAGAUUGGACUUGUUCAGCAAGAGCCGUUCUUGUUCAAUGAUUCAAUAUACAAUAAUGUUGCUUUUGGUCUGAUUGGAUCGCAGUGGCAGAAUGAUACAGAAUCUGUAAAGAUGGAACUCAUCACCGCAGCCUGCAAGCAAGCCUAUGCAGAUGAAUUUAUCGACCGACUUCCCAUGGGCUACUUGACUACUGUUGGAGAAGGUGGAAUCGCAUUGAGUGGCGGACAGCGCCAAAGAAUUGCUAUCGCGCGAAGCAUUGUCAACCAGCCCCAAAUUCUCAUUCUUGAUGAAGCAACCAGCUCGAUCGAUGUCCAAGGAGAAAAAAUUGUGCAAGCAGCCCUAGAUCGUGUAUCCCAAGACCGCACUACAAUCAUGAUCGCUCAUCGCCUGUCCACUGUCCGCCGCGCGGACAAGAUUGUCGUCAUGAAAGACGGCAAAGAUAUUGAAGAAGGUUCUCACGAAGAGUUGAUACUCAAGAAAGGCAUAUACCAUGACUUGGUUCAUGCCCAACAACUGGAGCCACUGACAGGCUUGAUGGAUGCUGACGUACCAGGUUCGAUUUCUUCGCAGAAAGAAGAAAUCAUGCCUGAAGAUUACACCACAAAAGAAGGCAGCGAUCAAAAUUGCCAAGAUAAUCUCGACCCCGAACCAAAGAGAAAAUUUGGCUUUUUCCACAGCUUUGGGGUCCUUAUUUACGAAAAUCGUAGCCAUUGGGUCUUAUAUGCGCUGACGCUGAUCGGGGCUAUAGGGGCCGGUUCCGGGUUUUCCCUACAAAGUUGGCUUUUCGCCAAACUUGUGCAGGUUUUCCAGUUCACUGGUGAGAAGCUCGUGCACGCUGCAAACUUCUGGGCAUUGAUGUUUUUCAUCCUUGCCCUUGCCAUGGCGACCUUCUAUUUCAUGCUAGGAUUUGCGUCAAAUUCGAUCUCUAUGUUUGUCGUGUCCACCUCUCGGAUGGAUUAUUUCUAUAAUUUAUUGUCCAAGCCGGUGUCAUACUAUGACCACGAGGAGAAUGCCUCGGGUAGUCUAGUUUCCAGACUCUCCACUGAUUCAAAACAAUUACAGGAAAUGUUUGGCCCUACUGGUGUAUUCCCUCUCAUCUCGAUUUUCAAUAUCCUUGGAUGUGUUGCAAUAUCGUUCGCCUUUGGAUGGAAGCUGGCAGCUGUAACCUUUUUUGCCGCCAUGCCAUUCAUAUUUCUCUCUGCCUUCAUGCGCAUUCGAUAUGAGAUCAAAUUUGAGAGCCUAAAUGCUGAAGUUUAUGCCGAUAGCUCCAAGUUCGCAACUGAGGCAGUCGGGGCCUUCAGAACGGUCACUGCUUUGACCAUGGAAGAUACAAUCUUGGAAAGAUAUUCAACUCUGCUGAAAGAUCAGCGUGAAAAGGCCAUCCGGAAGGCGUGGUACGCAACGUUGAUAUUUGCGUUUUCCGACAGUGUUGAGCUAUGUGCCAUGGCGCUCGCCUUCUGGUAUGGCGGCCAGCUGCUCGCGUCCCACGAAUAUGACCCAGUUGCAUUUUUCGUGGUUUAUAUUGCCAUUAUUCAAGGUGGCCAAUCUGCUGGGCAGUUCUUCAGUUUUGGUCCAAAUAUCGCCCAAGCUAAGGCUUCUGCCAAUCGCAUAUUGGCUGCACGGUUACCGGCCCAGGGACAGCUUCAACAUGUUCCGACGGGACCGCUCUCUUCUUCAGAGGAUAGCCCCAGUUCCUCUGUUGAACUACGGAAUGUCUCUUUUCAAUAUUCUUCUCGCGAGGUGCCAACAUUUGUUGAUCUCAAUCUCGCCAUUGAGAGUGGCCAAUUUGUAGCAUUUGUCGGACCUUCAGGCUGCGGAAAAUCUACACUUAUCUCGCUACUCGAGCGCUUCUAUGACUGCACUCAGGGAACCAUCCUGUUUGGUGGCCGAGACAUUCGUUCCAUUGAAAUGCCCUCUUACAGAAGUGCUUUAUCGCUCGUCUCCCAGGAGCCGAAACUCUUCGAAGGUACCAUCCGCGAGAAUCUCCUUCUCGGUCUGGAAGCCCCUAACAACCCAACUACCGAGGACCAAAUGAUUCAAGCAUGCAAAGACGCCGAAAUUUAUGACUUUAUAGUAUCCUUGCCAGAUGGGUUCUUGACGGAACUUGGCGUCAACGCUCAGACCUCUAUGAGUGGUGGGCAAAAACAACGCCUUUGCAUUGCGCGAGCCCUGAUACGAAAACCGCAACUUCUCCUUCUUGAUGAGGCUACAUCUAGUUUGGACUCUCAGUCAGAAAGUCUCGUACAAAGUGCUAUGGAAAGACUAGCAAGUAAGCGGGACAUGACCAUUAUUGCGGUCGCGCACAGACUAGCAACUAUUCAGAAGGCCGAUGCCAUUUUUGUGUUUGGAGAAGGAGCAUCGGGGCAGGGAUCGAGGAUUCUUGAUUCCGGAACACAUCAUGAAUUGUUGCGCAGAAAGGGGGUUUAUUGGCUGAUGUGUCAAGCGCAAGCUCUAGACCGGUGA